AUUCAUAUUUCAAUGAAUGUUAUGCCGUUAUUAAGUCCUCGUAAUUGCUGAAAAUGAAUAGUAUGAAUUGCCUAUGUUAUUAUCCUAACGCGAUAACUAUUUUCUUGCAUGUAGCGCGCACGAAACCGCAACGAGUAUGCAUGCAUCUUAACAUAUAGAGUGUAUGUAUUAUAAUAAAUUAAAAUCUCUGCUUUGUGGGAAUCGGCGAGUCUCAAUUUUUAAUAAUAGAAUAAUUAAAGACCAUACACAUGCAUAGAUAUUAAUUUUCUAUUUAUAUAUUUGUACAGAGUAACUCAUAGCGAGGCAUAUAUAUCUUUCUACAUAAUAUAAUUAUAUGAUGUUUUCAUCGAUACGAAACUCCGUAUUAUAUACUUUGAUAAAAUAGAUAAGAACUUUGUAUUAACAUUGCGCCUGAAAAAGAGUUAAUAGAUACUCACGUCAAGAUUUUCUAAUGAAUGGAGAUGAGAAAGUUGACAACAACUUAUUAAUUUCCGGACACGUAUUUAUAGCAAUUUCGCGAUAAUUAGUGGUUAUCCACCAAUUAAUCUCGCUUAUAUUAUGCGUCUACAUUUACGAUCUAUAAACUAUCUACGCUACUGACACCUGAUUUAAAUGAAUGUACAGAAGGCAUGAGCGCGAAUUUAAAAUAAGAUAUUCAACAUUUUAUUCGAAUCGAAGCAAAGUACUCGAAAUAAUAUCUCACACUUUAUGUCUGAUUAAAAAAUAAAUUAAUUGCCAAUUAUAAUUUUUUUCGAAAAUAUAAACUCUUUUCUCACAGAUGUUUAUUUCCUUAUAUAUUAUAUAGCAGAUAUUUUUUAUAGCCAGAUACUUUGAGUUCUUCUAUCAGGUAAAUUUCACACUAACAAUAAGAAUCGAAUACAAUCACUUAGUCAUAUGUAGGAUGCAUCCCCUACCUAUCUACUGUAUGGACCCCGCGCGUUUACUUCUGAUGUCUCCGGCACCACUCGAGCUCCGGUUGCGAGCGAUCCUUCGGUGACUGGUAGUUCAAGAGGUGAGAGACUACGUUGAUCUGGUGGGGAUAACAGGGACCCCGCCCGAUAGUCGGCUAUAAAAUGCCGCCACAGGAAUCGGGCCCAACCAGUCUUAAUCGAAACGAGAAGCUUUAUUUUUCUUUCCCUCCCGCGCCUAAAGGAGAGGCCCCAGUGAAUCUAUCUGUCGCGGAUCUCGAGAUCAUGAAGCCCGUCGUCAGGUUUGCCUUGCUGUGCGCCGCGGUCGCCUUCGUCGCCGCCGAGGGGACCCAGGAGCAGGAACGACCCAAAACCUUCCGGAGGCUGAUACCCGCCGACGUUCUUCGCGACUUCCCCGGCAUGUGCUUCGCGUCGACCAAGUGCGCGACCAUCGAGCCGACGAAGACGUGGGAGCUGUCGCCGUUCUGUGGCCGUUCUACCUGCGUGCCCGCCGACGACAAUUCCGGUCGUCUGUUUGAGCUAGUGGAGGACUGCGGCCCAUUGCCCAAGGCCAACCCCAAGUGCAAGCUCUCCGAAAAGACCAACAAAACCGCGAAUUUCCCCGACUGUUGUCCGAUUUUCGAGUGCGAGGACGGCGUUAAACUCGAAUACCCGGAUAUCCCGACUCUGCCGCCACCGACCGGAACGGAAGCCGAAAACGCGCAACCGGAGGCUGCACCGAAAGCCUAAAUCGGUAGCGCCGAAAAAAAGCUACGCCGGGGAGAAAGUUGCGGUGUAGCCUCCUCGAUGAGAUUAAUUGGACCCGGAUUCAUUUUAACAUCAAAGAACACUGCCCGAUCUAUCGACACGUGAAACGGCGAAUCACGCGUCGAACGUAUAUUCGAGAAUUUUAUUUUCCAAGAGCGAUACUCUUGAUAGAGGUUCCUUUCACAGUAGACAGCUAGCACAACGUCGAGAUAUAAUCGCGUAUACAUAUACAAAUACAUGAGAUGUAUUUAAAUGAAAUUCUGGAAUGUUUUGACUGUUUCGACAUCCGGUUCGUUGUGUCAGAUUUUCUCGAAAAAAAUGUAAAUUGUCGUAUAAAUAGUAAUCGAAUAAUGUCGCUUUGCGUUAGAUACGACCACAGAGAUUUCUUCAUAUAUCGGCUAUCUGUAGCUACUAAUUGCUCAUCAAUUGUUCAAUAGGAUUAUGUAACAUUUAUGCCGAUGCGACGAGGCCAUACCGUGAUACCGCUCACCGUCCAACGUGAUCCGAUUCCAUAUACAUGAUCCAGAUUAAGCUAAUUAUAUACAAAUUUCAGACCGCGCCUUUGCAAAUCACGAGCACGAUAAAAUAACUUCCGAUGCACUCAUUUCCCCCAAUUUCGUUCUCGUAAUCUUAUUUUUAACCCCUUAACUCGUCAAAAAAUAUGCGCUCGCUAGUUUUUCCCAAAUUCUAUAACUGCUCAAUCCUUGAGCACAUAAUUUAGUAACGAAAAUAAUUUCGAGAAAUGUUUAUCAGAAAAAUAAUUUACAUUCUGAAGAUUAUCAGAAAAAAUAAUACAUAAAAAGUAUAAAAAAUAUGUCAUAAAGAAAGCUAAAGAUAUUCUAAGAUUAAUGGAUAAUAGAAUUCAUUAAAGAAAUUCGGCGCAAGUUUAGCUUUUCAACCAAACUCGCCGAAAGAGAUGCUACCUUUUGUGUUAUACUAUUUCGAACCAAUUGGAAGAGAGAGAGUGGUCGAAAAGUUUAAAUAUUUUCUUAACGCCUUCUAAUGAUAUUUCAUCGGUAAUGGCGCACCUCUCUAGUUAAGUCGACUUAAAACUUCCUUGGCGUAUGACAAAUUUUCAUAGCAGAAUCUGGCAUAUGUAUCGCAAAUAUGUGUGAUUGUAAUUAUAUGUGAUUAAAUUAACUUACUUAUUUAAC